UCAUCUUAAGUAUUUUUUGCAUAUAGUUCAUCGAAUUACAUUCUAGAUUCUACUUAAAAGCUACGAAGCCUACAAAAGUUGAAGAGAAUAUAGAACAAAAAAGUAGCCCAAGAACAAGACCCCUCAAACACACAAUUGCCUAUAUUAUGGCUGUCACAAUUGCUCUCAAAAUGCUCUUCUCUUUAGUCCUCCCAUCUACACGUGAUGAAACAAGACAAAAGAAUAUCAAAAUCCAUACUCUCUAAAUAGUUGAAAAAGAGUACUCUCUCUCUCUCUAUAUAUAUAAUAUAUACACAGACACACACAUAUUUCUUGUUCAUACUAACACACACCAUGGCGGCGGAGAUUGCAAAGGAGCCAAUCCAGAGCAAUCGGACGACCAUCGUUGAAGAUGGCGGUGAAUUGACCGGGAAGAACGUGGGAUGGAAGAGGCUUCAACCAUGGACUAGGCAAUUAACUGUUAGAGGCGUAACAGUGAGCGUCAUUAUUGGAAGUGUUUAUAGUGUGAUAGUGAUGAAACUAAACCUCACCACCGGACUUGUCCCAAACCUCAAUGUCUCUGCCGCUCUUCUUGCAUUUGUUUUUGUUCGAACGUGGACUAAAGUACUGCAAAAAGCUGGGUUUGUAACUAAACCCUUCACUCGUCAAGAGAACACCAUGAUCCAAACUUGUGCUGUUGCUUGUUACAGUAUUGCAGUUGGAGGUGGUUUUGCUUCAUAUUUACUGGGGAUGAACAGAAAAACAUAUGAGUUAUCGGGAAUAAACACAGAAGGAAAUUCUUCGUAUAGUGUGAAAGAGCCAGGAUUGGGGUGGAUGACAGGAUUUCUUUUUGUUGUUUGCUUUGUGGGUCUUUUUGUUUUGAUUCCUCUUAGAAAGGUUAUGAUAGUGGACCUUCAGUUGACAUUUCCAAGUGGCUUGGCGACAGCAGUACUCAUCAAUGGCUUUCACACUCAGGGUGAUGAUAUGGCAAAAAAGCAAGUUAAAGGAUUUAUGAAGUACUUUUCAUUUAGCUUCUUAUGGGGUUUAUUCAAAUGGUUCUUUAAAGGCAAAGAGAAGUGUGGUUUCUCUGAGUUCCCCACCUUUGGACUUAAAGCUUGGAACCAAACAUUCUUCUUCGAUUUUGACUCGACUUUUGUGGGAGCAGGGAUGAUUUGUUCCCACUUAGUGAAUUUGUCUUUACUUCUUGGAGCCAUCUUAUCUUAUGGCUUAAUGUGGCCUCUUCUUGAUCGACUCAAAGGUCGAUGGUACCCUGAAAGCUUAGAAGAAAGCGACAUGAAGAGUUUAUAUGGAUACAAGGUUUUUUUAUCUGUUGCUCUAAUUCUAGGAGAUGGACUUUACAACUUUGUCAAGAUUCUUGGUUCUACAAUCUUAAAUGUACGCAAUAGAGUCAAGAAAGCAAAAGCAGGUUUAGAUGACAAUGAGAAAACAGAGAUUGAUGAAAAGAAAGACGAAAUGUUCUUAAGAGAAAGCAUCCCAUUAUGGGUGGGACUCAUCGGUUACACAACCUUGGCUACAAUUUCCACCAUUGUUAUCCCACAAAUGUUCCCUCAACUCAAAUGGUAUUUUGUCAUCACUGCCUACAUCCUCGCCCCCGCCCUUGCCUUCUGCAAUGCUUACGGGGCCGGUCUCACCGACAUCAACAUGGCCUACAACUACGGCAAGGUUGCCCUCUUUCUCUUAGCUGCCCUCAGCCCAAAACACGACGCCCUCAUCGCAGGUCUUGCCGGUUGUGGUCUCAUAAAGUCCGUCGUCUCAGUCGCAUGCAUUCUCAUGCAAGAUUUCAAAACAGCCCACUUGACCUCCACUUCCCCUAGAGCAAUGUUUGUUAGCCAAAUGAUCGGCACAGCAGUUGGGUGCGUCACAGCGCCACUAAGCUUCUUCUUAUUCUACAAGGCAUUCGACGUGGGAAAUCCCGAAGGGGAGUUCAAGGCGCCAUACGCUUUGAUAUAUAGGAACAUGGCGAUUCUUGGAGUUGAGGGAGUCUCGGCUUUACCGAAGCAUUGCUUGCAGAUAUGUUACGGGUUUUUCGGGUUCGCAAUUGGGGUGAAUUUAGUGAAGGACUUUGGAGGUAGGAGGAUAGGGAAAUUGAUGCCAUUGCCAAUGGUAAUGGCAGUGCCAUUUUUGGUUGGGGGGUAUUUUGCUAUUGAUAUGUGUUUUGGGAGUUUGAUUGUGUUUGUUUGGGGGAAAAUGAAUAGGGAGAAGGCUGAGAUGAUGCUGCCGGCGGUGGCAUCUGGCUUGAUUUGUGGGGAAGGUCUUUGGACUUUACCAGCUUCUGUUCUUGCUCUUGCUAAGAUUAAUCCUCCCAUUUGUAUGAAGUUUGUGCCUUCAUAGCUUCAAAUUAAGCUCUAGGUUUUAAAUUUAUGUCAAUUAGCUACACAAUUGUUGUCUAAAUUUGUAAGGUUUUGUAAUUCUAAGCAUGUAUGGUCACAUUCUAGAGUUGUUACUUUGUUCUUGUUUAAAAUUUGGUUGAUACGCGGUCGUUUAAAAUUAAGUUUGGUAACUAUUUCAUCUUUUAUUUUUAUUAAUUUAUGAAAAUUAAGUUUGUA